CACAAAAUUCGAUCGCGUACACAUCAUAAUACGCGAACGCUUACUAACCAUGGCGAACUACGACAGGCAAUCAACUCUAUCGCGACUGUCCAAAUUACAGCAAGAAAUCCAGAAACUGACAGAUUCCCUGAACAGUCCGAAGCCUUUGUCGACCUCAUCCAAGUAUAGCAUCAAAGCUGCUUCCGAGCCUACCCCAAGGUACACCAGUGAGCUCGAGGCUAAAUAUCUGGGGAAAGGAUAUGACAGAACCAAGCACAUCUCCACGACAAGUAGGGACUCAAAGGUACUGACUAAAACCAGUGGAGCAAAUCCGUGUUGGAGUUACGAUCGAUGGUCAGCUGACCCUGGUAAAUCGUCGGCCUUGGUUUCGAGAUCAUCCACAUAUUCAACCAAAGCUUCAAGUGAGCACAGGAGCUCCACGCCUAACCAGUCUGGAUACACUAGUCGUGAAUCUGGACAAUAUUCAGCUGCUAAAUCACCCAGCCUUGAUGCAUUUACUCAGAGAAAAUCCUACAGACAAUCCUCUUUUCUGAGUGUACCUGUGGAAUCAUUCCCGAUUCAGAGAUCUACGUCGCAAGGCUAUUUGAGUAGCUCUAGCCGGCUGAAAGAGAUCGAAGACAAAUACUUACUAGGCCUACCGGUGAGUAGCCGUAGCUCAUCAACAUGGCAAAUGAGCCAGAAGCCCGGUUUACAUUCAAGCCUUUCAGAAACUCCAAGAUCCUCAACAACUCGCAGCUUGUCAGCUUCAGAUCCUCUGAGUAAGAGCUGGAGUCGCCGUAGCCUUAAGGAGCAUUCUCACAGAUCAACCCACCUUGUCAAACCAACGUCGCCGAUUUCCAGCCACUCACCGAAGGGAUCAUCCAGUAAAUACUCCUGGAGACCUUCUCAUCACGCCUCGCAAUCUGACGACGGUAGCAGAUCGCUGUUCAGAUCCAACACAACCCCGACGUCUAGAAGUCGUAGCUCUGAAACUGAAAGACGUUCCUCCACGUCCAGACAUCACAGCCUGGACAGUCAUCGGUCUAAGUAUCGGUUUGAGUCAUCCAAGACGCCGUCAUCUUCCUCCAGGAAGCAUGGACACGAUUCGCAUCACCACAAACCAUCCACCAGCCAUUCUUCCCGUUACACUUACACCAGUACUCCGUCUGCAAGCAAGUCGUCUCACACCCAUCACACUUCUCAUGCAACCACCAACGCAAAGCCAAUAGCCACCCCUUCCAGCAGCCUGCAUAAAUCAACUCGUCACCACGACCAUGUCUCCGCUAGAAGUUACGGAUUCCCAAGUAGGACAGGCCCGGCUUACAUUAGAAGCAGAGGACGUGGGUUUGCGAGUUCAAGAGGUCGCGGAUCUCCAUUUAGCCGAGGAUUUUCUUUUUCUGCCUUUAGAGGUCGUGGGGCUGUAACCUUUAGAGGUCGUGGGGCGGUGACCUUUAGAGGUCGCGGAGGGAGAGGAUAUCGGUCAUCAAUAUUCAGAGGUUAUGGAUCUGGGAGGAGCAGAGGGCGGGGCUUAUAUAGAGGUCAAGGGUCAUUUGGUCAAAGGUCAGCGAGAGGAUCGAGACUGCCACACAGGAGCAGUGAUGAUAGAAAAGGGUCUUCUUCAUCUUGUAAGAUGGCAACAAAAGGAAGCUACAGCUCUCGAUACGCCUUGAAAAAAUCUCAUGCAUCAAGUGUCCAAAGGAAGCCUCUGACCUUCAUGGAAAGGAGAAGGCAAACAGUUCUCAGUAACACACCGGUCCUUCUGAGGUCCAGAUACAACUUGGUCAAAGGUCAUCGGAGCGUCGUCCGUCCUUUGUCAUCCAUGACGUCAUUGUCAAGGUCAUCAAGAAAGACGUCAGACGUCGAGCGGCUUGUCACGGUCAAGAACACGAAGACAAAACUCAUAAGAAGAGCUGAAGGUGACAGAAGGCCGUCAGGGUCCCUGGUUAAUGUGGGAGGCAGUCCGUUUAAGCUUCGCAUCAACCGAUAUAGCAAGGUCUUACACCGCAUCCAACCGAGCACCCAUACUGCACCCUCGGGUCACCCUACAAGCUCCCCUAGCACCUCUAGGAAGCGGACUGAGACACCUAGCCAUUCAUCAAGGCACAGCCACAAGCCUGCGUUCAAGUCUUCAUCAACUCCGUCUGUCACAAGAAAAGUAGCGAGCCACGUCUUACGACGGAGCAUUCACGUUAGCUUGGCCGCCAAAGAACGCUCCAAGAAACAAUCCCAGAUGAAGCAGUACUGUAUGUUUUACAAUCUGUACGGUCGUUGCAAAAGGGGCAACGCUUGCCCGUAUAUACACGAUCCUGAUAAAGUAGCUGUCUGCACGAGAUUUCUACGUGGCACCUGCCCCAAGACUGAUGGCUCCUGUCUCUUCUCUCACAAAGUUUCCAAAGAUAAGAUGCCAGUGUGUUCCUACUUUCUCCGCGGCGUUUGCAACAGGGACGACUGCCCAUACUCCCACGUCAAGGUCAGCAGCAAAGCAACGCCAUGUGCUGCUUUCAUCAAAGGGCACUGCCCACUGGGAGAUAAGUGCAAGAAGCAGCACAUCCUAAGAUGUGCACAGUUCAGCAAGACAGGGAAAUGCGACAAAGGGAAGGCCUGUCCCUUGUUACACAAGAAAGAUGCUGGUGAGAGCAGCAGGAGCAAAACCAAGACGAAGAAAGCUGCAAAGCGAUCGGGGCACACGUACGAAACAGAUACAAGAACCCAACCUAAGAAGGCCAAAAGAGCAGAUGAAAAUAUCAACACUCCAUCGUUCAUCAAGCUAUCAGCGGACGGUCCACCAGAAAAAAUAGCGCCCUCAGAGUCUGCAACAGGAGAGGCGGCCGAUAACAUGCCGUCAUUUAUCAGUGUGACUGCCGAGGAGGGUGAAGCUAAGGAAAGAGCGCCCUCGGUGACAACAAGUGGAGAGGUUCGUGGUAUCAUUCCAUCAUUCAUCAAGUUAUCCUCUCUUGAUAAGACAAAAGAAAUUGCAUCAUCAACUGAGCACAAAACUACAACAAAGGCAGAGGCAAAGUCAACAAAUCCGUCUUUAAUCCAGACGUCCAAUGAUCCGUCGUCUGAUGUAGCGGCAUCGUACAACCAGACUGAUUGUCUGGAACUUUUCGACGACACGCCGAUAUCCAACAACUCGUCCCAAGACGAUCCAAUCACAGCGCCCCCUAGUGAUGAUACGCACACACUGGCACCCGCCAAGCUCACUUCAAAAGCCAAGAAGGAGGUAACACUGCCCUCACUGACACCAAAUGAAAAGGGCAGCACAGCCAGCAGCAUGCCAUCAUACAUAGAGCUGUCAGUUGGUAACACCCCCGCUGAUCAAAUGGAGGAUCUAGCACAUACUGCUCAACAAGAGCUUAGAAGAAGCUCGAGAAUAAAACCUCGAUUCUCCAAAUGAUGUGGUAGUCUACACGGAAGCCAGACUAGAGAAUGUGCCAAGGACCACACCCAUCUACGCAGUCAGAGAACAUUCAGCAUUGAAGCCAGACUGGACUGAGGGUCUGGGGCCAGACCAGUCUUCAAAACCAGAGACCAGGCAUGUGGAAAUGCCAGUUGUGCUUCAUUUACUGUCCAGCUAUUUUUGUUAACCCUAACCUUCCCAAAUCCUCCAAAAUCCUCUUUGCAAAAUGGAGGAUAUUGCAGGAUUGAGGCUAUAAUUACGUCAAAAGUGUGUGGCUGAUUUUGGAUGAUGCACUGUGUCAACGUCUUGGACCGAACUUUGUGCUGUUUAUGCUCAGCCAUGCAUAAGUUUAGGCCUAGAUUAUACUUGAAAUCCUCUGCACUGCUCCAGGAUGUCACUGGCUCUGCCUCAACAUAUUGACAGUGAUUGCUGGAGGAUUUCGCAGGAUUGAGGCUGUGGUCACCCCUCCAAGGACAACACUCAAGAAAUAAUGGAGAAUUUUGCAGAAUUGACGCUGUGUGCAAUUUUUACAUGGAGGCAGUUGGAAGAUUUUGCAGGAUUGAGGUUGCAUCCUAGCAAAAGUGCCUAGGGAGUAAUGAACCAAGUUUUGUGUAUAACUAAGUCAGUUCUACAGAUAUUUGAUGCUAUCCCCAAACCCCGGAAAAAUAAAUAAAUAAAUUAUAAAAAAACAAUUCUCUUAUUACCCCCCCCCCCC